ACAUGAGCUCGAGCCGUUACGGACGCCACGCGCUCGCCCCCGGGUGCGCGGAAUUGCGCGCUACAUUAAAUGCGCAAGGUUCGAGUGACUGUUGAGGAUUGGGGAGGUCCGUUGCGGUGUCGUUUAAACGGAAUCCAAAGCCUUUUCUGCAAAUCCUAAAUCAUUAAUCGUCAUUGGAAAAGAAGACAACAGAGUCGCUCGAUGCGGAUGAUGCGCAUUUGGAUGGCAACAGAUAGAGCGCCCGCGUUUGACAGCGUCAGACAGAAAAGAUGCUGAUGAUAUUGCGUUAGAUUGUGUGUGGGUAGUCAGUUUGACUGUCUUUGAGCCAAAACUGGUUUAUUUAUAGUCAAAAUGGCUGAAAGAAUCUAAAGUUCAUUGGCAAUUGCAUCUGGAUUUAUUCUUAAGGACGAUAUGAUUCAACUGCUUACUUUUAUCAGCCGUAUUCUAUCUCUGAUCGGAUGUCACAUCUGCUUUGCAUGGGCAAACCGCCCCGCAGCUCCUGUCAACGUUUCUGUUACUCACCUGCGGGCGGAUUCGGCUACGGUGUCGUGGAGUUUACUGGAGGGAGAGAUCGUAAUUGGCUUUGCCAUCUCACAGCAGCGUCAGGACGGAUUAAUGCAGCGUUUUAUACGUGAGGUGAACACGACCAGUCAUGCUUGUGUACUGUGGGACCUUGAUGAGGACACAGAUUAUAUUAUCCAGGUCCAGUCCAUUGGGCUGUAUGGGGAAAGUCUGGCCAGCAAAAAGAUUCACUUCAGAACGCUCAAAAGAUCCGAGCAUUUUCAGUCGGCCAUGAUGGAUCAAGAAGACCCUGCGGUCGAGGGUUUAGACAUUUCCAGACAUCUUCAAACCGGAGAGAUCUUAAUUAUUAUGACUGUACUACUAAUGUGGGCAGCCGUGAUCGCUCUUUUCUGCAAGCAGUAUGACAUCAUCAAAGACAACGACUCCAACAAUCACAGUAAAGAGAAAAGCAAGCCGCUGUCCGGCCAAAGCACUCCAGAUUAUCAUAAUGGAGGCCUGCUGGGUAGCAAGUUUCACAGGACAUCUUCUUCUAUUAGUAUCAUCAAGGUUUAACCCCGGUAUCACAGAAUCCAGCCUGUCAACAGACCUGUGGGCAGAUGUAACUCAUGAUUUGAUACUCGAGUUCAGAGUUGAAGGCAAUAGUGACAAACUUCUCAUUUCUUGAACUGGGAAUUGUAAAGUAGUAUACGGGUAUUCGGUAGUUUACUCCAAUAAAGAACCGUUUCCUGGACACUAAAUAUAAUGUACAGUUUCUUUAAUAAUAAUGACAAGCGGAGUUACAGGUGUGUUACUGUAAAAAUACGAGUGUGCGGUCAGAUACUACAGAGUAUAGAUGUGUGUGUUUAUGGUUUUGUUGCAUUAAAUAAAAUGACAAAUAAUCACUUUUGUUACAACAAAUGCAUUUUGUGUGGCAUUUUUCAUGAAAAGUUGCAAACAGUAAAUUCAUCAUCUGCCACAAAUGUGUGUUUAUAUUAUGCAUUCUUCAUUUCUAGCUCAACUGAGUAUUGACGCUGUGUUGCUUCAUGUCACAUACUCCUUUAGAUUUGAGUGCUUGACUAUUGCACAGUGGGGUGGUUCCCAUUAAAACCAGUAUGAGGGUUUUCAGUGUUCAUUUAAGAAGUGAUAAUGUGGCAUUAACUGGUGAAUUAGAAAGUUUGUAGAAUUAAAUGUCUACAUUGGUACUGUAAUGUGCAUAGAGUUAUGGUAAUACUUAUUUUGUUGUACCUUAUGUUUUUUUACUUUGUUCUCUGAGUGAGCCCUUUUUAUUUAGUUAUUUAAGGAGGCUACACAUACAGUAGUAGUAGAUUUGAGCAAUAGUUUUUGAAUGUAGUUUAAAAACAGUGUUUUAUUGCGAAGGUUAGUAGCGGUUCAACCAUUGAAAUUGAUGAAUAUUAUUAUUCUCAUUAUCUAUUUUCCAAUAAAUGGAAAAUGUGAAAACUUGA